AUGGACACAGCCGAGGAGGCGGCAGCUAAGGAGCAAGUCUUGAUCAUUAAAGGGAAGAGGACUAAGAGGCAGCGUCUUCAGUCACCAAUCCCUUUCUCUAUUGUCCCUCCUAUGUCUUCUCAAGAACCAGAUACCCAAGAAGUGUCCAUCAGUCUUGUUUCCAAGGAUAAAAGUCACAAUGAUGAGAUCAACAAUAACAAUAAUGAUAACAACAUUUUGGUCAAUGGUGUGACAUCUUCAUCUUCUGCUUCUUCAUCUUUCAGCAAUGCAACAUUAAAGGCCGCGGCUGACGAAGAAGACCAAGAUAUGGCUAACUGUUUGAUCCUCCUUGCCCAAGGCCACUCUCUUCCACACCACAACUACAACCACAACCACAACCACCAACAACCACAAACAAGACAACUUAUGAUAAGUUACCAAGAACCCGGUAACAACAACAGCAAUGCGUAUAGAUCUAGCAGCAGGAGGUUUCUAGAGACAUCUUCAUCUAACGGGAACAUGACCAGUGGAGGCAGAGCUGGUUACUAUGUUUACCAAUGCAAAACAUGUGACCGGACUUUUCCAUCUUUCCAAGCUCUUGGUGGCCAUAGAGCCAGCCACAAGAAGCCUAAAGCUGCUCCAGGUCAUGACCUCAAGAAGUCUAUCUACAACGACGCCGUUUCUCUUCAUCUCAACAACGUUCUCACCGCAACUCCUACUAACAAUAAUCAUAGCCAUAGAUCGCUUGUGGUAUACGGUAAAGCGAAUAACAAUAAAGUCCAUGAAUGUGGGAUAUGUGGAGCCGAAUUCACAUCGGGACAAGCCUUAGGUGGUCACAUGAGACGCCAUAGAGGCGUCGUGGUAGCUGCCCCAACCGCGACGCUAGCCCUUGCGGCCACUGCGGUUACUGCAAACACGGCUUUGUCAUUGUCGCCUAUGUCCUUUGAUCAGACGUUGUUGGACGGUCCGGUUCAUGCUCCGGUUAAGAGAGCGAGGAGUGGGGUUGUGUCGUUGGAUUUAGAUCUAAAUCUACCAGCUCCUGAAGAUGAGAACCGGGUCAACGGAGUAAGUGUUGCGUCAAAGCAAGAACAAGAACAUGAACAAACACAACGGAGAGAAGAACAAAAGUCUAGUGUUUUGUCUUCUCCUCCUACAUUGGUGGAUUGCUAUUACUGA